AACAGCUUUGGGUUUCCCUCAUCUAACGCACUUGAUCUAGUCCGGCACCGGCGCCCUCUCCGACAACGCGCAGGGCAUGUUCGCCAGCGACGUCAUCUACGACGACGCCAACCCCACCCAGCUCGAAGCCCUCCCCCUCACCAACAUGCACCGCGCCGUCGACACCGCCAUCAUCGCCGUCGACGCCGCCGGCUACAUUUCCUCCUACCUCGUCCUCCCCUCCACGAUCUGGGGAUGGGCCGACCACGCGCUCGUCCGCGCGGGCAUCGCGAACCACCGCUCGCUGCAGAUGCCCAUCGUGAUCAGCGCGUCGCUGCUGAGGGGCCACCCGGGCGUGUGGGGCAAGGGCGCGUCGGUGUGGCCGUGCGUUGAGAUUGGGGAGCUAGGGGAGCUGUAUGUGCUGCUGCUGGAUGCGGUGCUGGAGGACCCAUCGAAGGUGCCUCAUGGAAAGGAGGGUUACUUCUUUGGUGCGGCAGACGAGUUUACGUGGUAUGAGGCGAGCCGGGUGGUGGGGGAGGCGAUGGUGAAGCUGGGGAAGGCGAAGGAUGCUGAGCCGACGUCUUUCACGAAGGAGGAAAUAGAGAAGUACCUGAGCGGCUACGACUUGAGCUCCAAUGCCCGCUGCAAGGCGACGCACUCGUGUGCACUGGGCUGGCAACCCAAGAAGAUGAAGGCGGACUUCUUGGCCAGUCUUCACCGGGAGGUGGAAGGGUGCAUCGAGAAGCCGUUCCCGCUGAAGAGCCGAGUCCUCUAGAGUAGAGAUGAAGUGAAGUGUGUCUUGCGAAAAAUACAUCGCUGAUAUCGGAUGUAUCACUCUUGUCCGCGAGUUGUAGGGUGGCCACGACACUGUGUUGAACUCCUUUCUCUGCUCCAUUGAUUCUUACAACGGU